AGAGAGAGAGAGAGAGAGAGAGAGAGAGAAUGAGAAUGGCGCAUGUUCAACCACUGUGCGAUGAUAUUCUACUUGAUAUCUUUCUCAGACUCCCUGUGGAUUCAGUAUUCAGAUUCAAAUCGGUGUCGAAGAGAUGGAACCGUCUCCUCUCCGCUCCUUCGUUCCGUUCCAAGUACCAAUCCAUGCGCGUUGGAGAUGCCGAGGUUGUUCUGCGCUCUCCGGUGCUAUUAGGUUUUUUCCAAGGCUCUCCUUUUUACGUGCCAAAGGAAAUCCGUGACAUAACCACACCAAGGCUCUCCUUCUUACCCGCUUCCCAGAAGACAACGUACAUGAAAUCGCGCAAAUUCAUCGACAAACUAGGUUGCUUCUUCGUCGGUUCUUCCAACGGGAUCAUCCUCUGUGGACGCCACCCCAGCACAUACUACGUCUGCAAUCCAGCCACGGACCGGGUUGUCCAGGUCCCUAAACCAAGCAACAAAACGUGCGGUGCCAUGAACGUGGCAAUAGGGUUUUCAUACGAGGAAAUCCACGACGCUGUAAGCGAUACCCUACGGGGAAAAUACAAGGUGGUUCAAGCCGACUUGAGGACCGCAAGCGAGAUUAGGUACGACACCUUGUUGGUCGAGACCUAUUCUUCCGACACUGGUGUGUGGGAACAAUCCUUGUUGAGAGGGUCUAUCCCCUUCCUACUAGUCCCGUGGUGGCCUAGCACUGUUUUGCGUGGUGUCAUUUAUUGGUCUGCGUAUCACAGUACCAUUGCUGCCUAUGACCCUAAUGCUUCACAUAAUUGGGUAUGGUUGAUCAAGCUGCCCCAAUCGAACGGCAUUCAGAAUUUCGUAUUGACAGAAUCUCCGGAUGGGAUGCUGCACUGUGGUAUGGAUGAUCGUAUGGAUGAUGACGCCAGCCAAUUACUACUCGGGUUCAAGAUAUUUAAGCUUCAGAAGAAUCUAGAGAGUUAUGGUUACACUACAAUGGUCUCAGCAACCGAAUGGAUUGAACUAUACAAGUUUUAUUAUAAUUGGAGGAUUGACCAAUAUCCACAUCUAAUAGCUUUUUGUCCGCUUAAUCCCAGGUAUAUACUAAUCAGGUUUGGUCUCGAAAUCACGUGGUGUGACGUUGAAGAAGGCCGUCUAUCACUGGUUGGAUAUGAUGGCAAUAUUUCGUCGGGCUAUGAGUUCCACUUAUUCCCAUACUUUCUACCAUGGCCUUGGCCUUGGCCCCGUGCUCUGCCUUGACUUGAAAUUUCUCAACCAUUUGUGAUCUUAUUGCAUUCCAUUUUAGUAUUGAUAUCUAUUCAUCAAUGACUUUAUUUUCCCUCACAAUUGCCUCGACCGUACCUGAAAGGAUUGUGAAGCGACGGUAGAUGAAUGUUUUGCUACCUCUGUUUUCAAAGCAAGGUUUGUUAAAAGAUUAAUCUAGACGCUACCACAAAAUUUUGUUCGUUGAUUCUAUUUGGU